GCAACACUGUAAUAAUAAUCCCAGCUGAUCCCCGCUGUAAACAUCAUGACCUCGCAAACAUGGAAUCGGUUUUGGGGUUCUACAUUUGUAAAGGCACCGCUACAGAAUGGCGUCGGUCGUUAUGUUCAACAGUUGCAGAGAAUUACGUUCAAAUUCUGUAAAACACAUGGAGGCAGCAGGGGUAUGAGAGAUUUUAUUGAGAAGGACCUCAUUGAAUUUGCAAGGAUGAACCCAGGUGUUGUUGUUUACCUCAAGCCACGCCGUCACCGGUCAUCAUGCUUGAAAGCCGAGUACUUGAAUGGGGGUGAGGAAUAUAUAUCUGCACACAAGCAGUCAAGUGAAGAGAUAAAAAAGUGGGUGGAAUACCUAAGAACACAGUCGGGAUAUUCAGUAGAGCGUCUACGCAAGUACCAGCAUACAGAUCGCCCAUCAAUUCAGGGCCCCUGGACCCCAUGGAUGCAUCGUGAUCAAUGUAUAAACAUUGCAGAGUAUCCACAGGAGGAGCUGUCUUGUGCAGUUAAAAGAGAGAAAACUGCCACACAAGAACUCUUGGAAAAAAGUAAAAUAUUUGUUGGAGUAAAUAAUUCAUCAUAAUUGGCUGCUUUUAAACAGUUGUUAGUUACAUGUAAUUCUCAGUGUGCAGGAGGAAGGCUGACCAUUGUAUAUAGUGUCCACUGAGAUGGAUUAUAGUUUCUCUACUGUUAAUUGAAUACUGUAUUAAUGAAAUGUAAAUUUAUGUA